AAUGGUAUUUUAAUACUGGUCAAUUUUUACUUGGGGUUAGUUUGGGGUUUGAGGGUAAAAUAGAUUAUCUAUAUAAAGGAAGUGAGUAUUAGUUAGGAAGCAACAAAUCAAAACCCACUUCCUGAUAAGGUUUUGGAAACAUGGGGUCUCCAAUGGCCUCUAUCAUUACCACCCUUUUGGUGGUAGCACUCUCUCUAAGCUUGCCAUGGGAAGCCUCAGCAAACGACCACUACUACUUUCCUCCACCUCUAAAAUCCCCACCACCGCCUGUGUACUCUCCACCUUACCAUUACAAAUCUCCUCCUCCUCCUCCUCCUCCAGUGUACUCUCCACCCCCACCACCACCUUACAAGUAUAAGUCCCCUCCACCUCCUCCUCCAAUUUACAAAUACAAAUCUCCUCCACCCCCUCCUCCUGUGUACUUUCCUCCACCACCCAAGAUACCUUAUAAGUACAAGUCUCCUCCACCUCCUCCACCAGUUUACAAGUAUAAAUCUCCUCCACCCCCUCCACCAGUAUACCCUCCGCCACCCCACAAGAAACCUUAUAAGUACAAGUCUCCCCCACCACCUCCAACACCAGUUUACAAGUACAAAUCUCCUCCACCCCCUCCACCAGUGUAUUCUCCUCCACCUCCUCCGGUCUACAAAUACAAGUCUCCACCACCACCUGUCCACAAGCCGCCAGUAUACAAGCCACCACCAGUCCACAAGCCGCCAGUCUACAAGCCACCACCAGUCCACAAGCCGCCAGUCUAUAAGCCACCACCAGUCCACAAGCCGCCAGUCUACAAGCCGCCACCAGUCCACAAACCGCCAGUCUACAAGCCACCACCAGUCCACAAGCCGCCAGUCUAUAAGCCGCCACCAGUCCACAAGCCGCCAGUCUACAAGCCGCCACCAGUCCACAAGCCACCACCAGUCCACAAGCCGCCACCAGAACACAAGCCACCACCAGAACACAAGCCACCACCAGUCCACAAGCCGCCACCAGAACACAAGCCACCACCAGUCCACAAGCCACCUCCAGUCCACAGGCCACCACCAGUCCACAAGCCACCACCACACUACGUCUAUGCAUCUCCCCCUCCUCCCCACCACUACUAGACUAUAUGCGCGCGGUUUCAUAGUUUCAAGGAAAGGAAUGCGAUGAGAAUAAAGAAAGAAGAGAUCAAAUGUUGAUGCGGAGAAAAAGAAAGCGAGUUUCCGCGUUUGCUGUAGCAUAUGCUAUCUCCUUUUAGAAGAAAAAUUAAUAAAGGCGUGCAUGUUUGAAGGAUAAAAGUGUUCAUCAUUUCAUUUCAUGUACUGGAAAAGUUGUAGCUUUUGAUCCUGUUGAAAACUAUAUAUAUAAAUUAUGUGCUUUUCAACCUUCUCUUAUUAAUGAAAGAUUUUUCAUAUUUAUCAGAAUAA